UUUUGCCCCACUGUAUAUGUGUGAGCAAUGUUUGUUUGUGUGUAAAUGUGGGUGUGUGUACCCUAGAUCUUCUCUGUUGAAUUCUUUACUGAUGUUUCUGUCUUUUACUAACCUGAAAGACAACCGUAGACGAUGUUUAGACUUUUUCCGACAGGUUGCCUACCUUUAUGGACAAGAAAAUGAAGACCAGACUAAAGAGAAACUGAAAAAUGUCAUUCAUCAAUUGAAAGAAGGAACCUCUCCCCAGAACUUGAUGCCGUACUGACAUAUUAUCCAGAUACUUUAGUAAAAUAUUAUUAAAUUAAAUAAUAUUAUGACACAUUUAAAUGGGAUGGUAAGUUAUACCCAAACCUGGACCCAAACUCAAACUUAUUCUAGCAAAACAACCAGCCUUACUGUGACUUGACCAUAAAGCACUGCUGCUAGUUUUUAAAUAACUUCAUAGCGUUUGACCCAAUUGCACAUCAGGUCUAUCAGUGAUUCACAAAAGCAGCCUAGAAAAUGAAAAACUAAACAACAUUUUCCAUUUAUUUUUAAAGAAGUAUUUAGAGUCUGAAUGCAGUGAAGCUUCUCAGGUCAAAGCUCUGGUCAAAGGCUGCAGCUAACAUCAUCAUCAACACAUAUUUAGUUCAAUCUCUGUUCUUAACUGUGGAUCUCUGUCAGACAUUCUCAGCUCUGUUUGAUAGUCGGAUCUGGGGCUCUUGGGGACAGCUAACUUCCCAGCGGGGGUCCCACAGUGGAUGGAAUGAUCUUUGUGUCUGUGGAGAGGCCUUGGGGCGUUGGAGCCUAGCUCCACAUCAACGGAGAGGUCAUCUAUGCUUCCAAACCCUGGAAGUUCAUGAUGGAGAACACCAUUGUCCCAAUCUGCCAGCAGUCAUGGCUGAGGUGACUGGAGCUGAACUGAUAGCAGAGGCCCUGAAGACUCAGAAAGUGGAGUAUAUGUUUGGGAUAGUUGGGGUUCCUAUCAUUGAAGUGGCCAUGGCCGCUCAGGCUGCUGGGAUCAAAUAUGUAGGAAUGCGCAAUGAGCAGGCGGCCUGCUAUGCUGCAUCUGCCAUUGGAUACCUCACCGGGAGACCAGGUGCCUGUCUGGUUGUAUCUGGACCUGGACUUAUUCACGCCCUGGGUGGGAUGGCCAAUGCUAACGUGAACUGCUGGCCUGUGGUUGUCAUUGGGGGGUCAUCAGAUCGGAACCAGGAAACAACAGGAGCCUUUCAGGAGUUCCCUCAGGUGGAGGCGUGCCGUCUGUACAGCAAAUUUUCUGCCAGACCCAGCAGUCUAGAGGCAAUCCCCUCAGUCAUAGAGAAGGCAGUCCGCACAAGCAUAUACGGGCGCCCAGGAGCUUGUUAUGUGGACAUUGCAGGAGACAUGGUCAAUGCCAAAGUUAACAGGAGCAAAGUCAAGGGAGUCUCCUGCUGCCCACCUCCACCUGUGAGUUUGGCUGACCACAGUGCUGUCACAGAGGCCAUCUGUGCCCUCAAGGCAGCUAAGACACCUUUAGUGAUCAUUGGCAAAGGGGCAGCCUAUGGAAGAGCAGAGGCUUUACUGCGGCAGUUUGUGGAAAUCAGCGGUUUGCCAUUUCUCCCCACACCGAUGGGAAAAGGAGUCAUCCCUGAUGAUCACCCCAACUGUGUGGCAGCUGCCCGCUCACGAGCUCUUCUCCAAGCUGAUGUUGUGCUUCUGUUUGGAGCCCGACUGAACUGGAUCCUGCAUUUUGGGCUUCCACCCAGGUUUAACCCAAAUGUUAAAAUCAUACAGGUUGACCUCUGUGCUGAGGAAAUGAGUAACAAUGUGAAGUCAGUUGCUCUGUUGGGAGAUAUUGGAGCCAUCGUCACUCAGCUUUUGACAUGUGUCCGUGAACACGGCUGGAAAUAUCCCUCAAAUACAGAAUGGUGGGGCUCUCUGAAGGAGAAAAUCGCUGCAAAUGCAGAAAUAUCAAAGGGCCUGGCUCUGAACACAACACUGCCGAUGAACUACUACACAGUAUUUCAUCACAUUUCCCAGCAGCUGCCUCACGACUGCAUCAUUGUCAGUGAGGGUGCAAACACCAUGGACAUCGGACGCACUAUGCUGAACAACUAUUUACCUCGACACAGGUUGGACGCUGGUACCUUCGGGACAAUGGGAGUGGGCCUUGGCUUUGCCAUAGCGGCAGCUGCCGUGGAAAAGAGCAGAGACAAAAGCAGAAGAGUCGUCUGUGUGGAAGGAGACAGUGCCUUUGGAUUUUCUGGCAUGGAAGUUGAGACCAUGUGCAGAUACAAUCUUCCUGUUGUCAUCAUUGUGGUCAAUAAUAAUGGGAUAUACAGCGGACUGGAUCCUGAAGCAUGGAAGGAAAUGGCAAAAAUGGGGGAUCUGACCUCUAUAGCCCCGCCUGUGUCCCUCCUACCUGAUGCUCGCUACGAUCAGGUGAUGACAGCCUUCGGGGGUCAGGGGUUCCUGGUGCGGACAGCGGAGGAGCUGAAGAGCGCCUUGGAGCUCAGCUUGAGCGACUGGGACAGGCCAAGCCUCCUCAAUGUGCUCAUUGACCCUUCCUCCGACAGAAAGCAGCAGGACUUUCCAUGGCUCACUCGCUCCAACCUCUGAGCACAAACCUUCAUCCAGAGCUCUCAGCAAGAGUUUAUCAGAAAACAAGAUAAUUUUCUACGUAAUUGUUUCCAUGAAAUAACCACAUUCUUUCUGAUUUUUACUACACAGUAGUAUAUAAGAACACAGUAAAACAUUUUAAACAGCUUUCAUAAUUAGUACUUUGUUUUGUUAUGAAAUAAUAUUUUCUGAUGUAAAGAUGUUGGGGAAUUAUCACCCUGUUGUAAUGUUUUGAUCAAUAAAAACUCAAAGGUUGCACCUGG